AUAUGAAAUGAGUGAUUUGAAGUUGCAAUUUCAGCUUACGUGAGACUUGCAGAAAAACACAAUGUGAGAGCUAACGUAAAAUUACAAAUACCUACCAGCCGAUUAUUCAUUUAUUUUGAAUAAUGUAAACACAUUCAAGAAUAAUCUACCUAUCUAUACAUUCAUGUGCUCAAUGUGUCUUUUAUUUACUUACUAUUGUCAAUCAAAUUCAAAGCGAUUAUCAUCGAAGAUAUUGUCAAGAUACAAACACCUAUUACGUAUACCUACCUACCAACCUAUACGAAGUUGUUGAAAUAUUUAACGAUUUUGUAAUUCGAAGAUAAACUGUUAACUCAAAGAUUACCUUAUCUGAAACGUUUUAAAAAAAAAUUUAGUGGAUCCUACAGGUAGAUUGUUUGAACAAAAACGCACCUGAAAUAAAUUUCUAUCGACAAUAAGCGCAAACUACCUAUUCGGUGUCGUUGAUUGUUCAUUUCGAGAAUACCAAUCACUCGCUGAAAAAAAAUCGUAAUAAAAUUUCCUACCUAUUUAAAAUGAUUCUUAACAAAUUAGGCCUAUCAUGUCGUUUAGCCAUAGCUUCGUUGUUUUCUGCGAUACUCAUAGUGGUGUUAUACUAUGGUUUAAUGGCGAGAGGACAAAAAGGAAAUGCUGAUUCGACACCGACCUCUAGUCCAUAUUCGAAAAUUUAUGGAAAGUAUUCUCACGCUGCUGUAGUCAGUAAUGCUGAACCAUGUUCAACAAUUGCCAAGAAUAUUUUGCAAAAAGGUGGAAAAGCUGUAGAUGCGUUAAUAUCAUCUUUACUAUGUGAAGGUGUUAUGAUGCCACACACGAUGGGUAUCGGUGGAGGCUUCUUUAUGACGAUUUAUGAAAAGUCAAAGAAAAAAGCCAGCGUUAUCAUUGCAAGAGAAACAGCCCCAGCUAAAUCUACCGUUGAUAUGUUUCAUGGAGAUCCGAAUCUUUCCAUUAAAGGAGGACUAUCGAUAGGUAUCCCAGGAGAAAUAAAAGGUUACUGGACCGCGUAUAAUAAAUUCGGUGGCGGAGUUCCUUGGAAAGAUAUCUUCACGCCAACUAUUUCUCUUUGCGAAAAUGGCAUCCCAAUUAGUAAAAUUCUAGCUCGAAUGUUGGUCAAAUACGAAGACGAGAUUCAAUCUGAUCAAGAAUUCCGCACCCUAUUCGUUAAUCAAAAUAAUGGCGAACUUCUCGAAGCUGGAGACACUUAUAAAAACCUAAAACUAGCCAGAACACUUCGUAUAAUUUCUGAAGAAGGUGGUGAUGCAUUUUAUAAAGGGAACAUAGCAAAAGCACUGGUGAAAGAUAUCCAAGAAGCUGGAGGAAUAAUCACGGAAGAAGAUCUAGAAAAAUAUGAAGCUAGAGUCCAAGAUUCAUUUCAAACUGCUCUUUACAACAAUUACACUUUGCACACGGUUCCAGUUCCAUCUUCAGGGCCUAUUUUAAGCUACCUAUUGAGAAUCGUCGAGGGUAUCAUACCAGCUCCUACAGAGCUACUGAACACUCAGCGUAUCACCGAAGCCAUGAAACACGCUUAUGGUGCUCGAAGUCGAUUAGGAGAUCCCAAAUUUGUGGAUAUUUCUAAGACAAUGAAUCUCAUAACUUCUGAUCAAUUCAUUAAACACAUCAGGGAAGGCAUUGAUGAUACCAAAACGUGGGAUGAUCCAGCUCAUUAUGGUGGCGAUUUCACCGAACCGAAGAAUAUGGGCACUGCCAACUUGGCAGUUUUAGCAGAAAAUGGCGACGCUGCAAUUGCAACCAGCACCAUUAACAUGGAAUUUGGUAGUUUCGUUUUGUCGAAAAGUACAGGUGUGAUGCUAAAUAACCAAAUGGAUGAUUUCUCAUCGCCAAGUAUCGUAAAUAAUUAUGGAGUAACUCCGUCCAAAACGAAUUACAUCGCUCCUGGUAAAAUUCCUUUAUCUUCAACGUGUUCGACGAUCAUUUUGAACCAAUCUGGCGAUGUUAGGUUACUUAUAGGAGGCGGAGGCGGUACGAAAAUCACCUCUUCAGUGGCCAUCACAAUCAUGCGUGAUUUAUUAAUGAAAGAGAACAUCCAGCAGUCCAUGAAUCAUGCUCUAUUCCAUCAUCAACUCAUGCCAAUGGUGUGGCAAUACUAUCCGAGAAUGCCAACGGAUAUCGUCGAAGGUAUGGAAAAAAUAGGCCAUAAAGUUAAACUAAUGCCCCACAAUUCAUUCGUCGCCAUCACUGGAAUUGAACGAAGGGAUGGCCUCAUUUAUCCGUGCAGUGAUUUUCGAAGACCUGGAGAAGUGGAAGGUUAUUAACCUGUGAAGAAGUACCUACCCAACUUUAGAGUUACCAGAUAGGUUAAUUUGACUAGUCAUUUUGCUCCUUUAUCAGCGUAUUGUGAUAUCUUAUAGUUACCACUUCUGAGACACUUGGUGACUUCCAAGUAGUAACUACUUGAAUUAUCUUUAAUUCUAUAAGUAAAAAGUACCUAUCUAGAUUAGAUACCAUUUUGUACGACACUAUGAAAUAAUAAAUCGUUUUGAUUUUCAA